AUGACGGACAAUCAACCCUCCCCCGAUUACUCUCGACCACAGUUUCCUGCCCAUUGCGAACCGCGAGUAUGGAUUCUCACUGCAGGAGACUCGCCCGUUGGGAUAUCGGUUACCCGCCAGAUUCUUAAGCACGGAGACUAUGCGUUAGUUGGACUGGCACAUACGUACCUGGACCGGGAUGAGUGCCGUCGCGAGGAGUUUGGGGACUUUCUGGCUGAAGUUGAGAGUCACCGCGACGAAGGAUGGGUGCAACGCUUCAAGACAGUCCCUUUAGAUAUCAGAAUGAUAGGGCAAUGUCAAGCCUUGGUCGCCGAGGCAGUCGCAGCAUUCGGCAAGGUAGACAUCCUACUCUGCUGUAGUAGCCAGAAAGCCCUUGUCGGCACAGUAGAGGAGCUUGCAGCUUCUCAGCAAACCUUGAACUUGGUCAAGGACCAGUUUGAAACCAAUUACUUCGGUCCUCUGAACAUCAUCAAAGCAGCGCUGCCUCACAUGAGGAAGCAGAAAUCCGGUCAUAUCAUGAUUCUUUCUAGCAUUACUGCCCACAUCGGUACACCCGGCCUUGGGAUGUACUCCGCCGCUGGCUGGGCCCUGGAGGGAUUUUGCGACAGCCUGGCGUACGAAAUCGCUCCAUUCAACUUGAAGCUCACAAUCUUCCAAUGCAGCAUCGAAAUUGGUAUCUUGACAAAUUUGAUCACCAGUGUGCCUCCAAUAGUUCCAGCGUACUCUCCUGCCGUCAAUCAUGCCCCAUUGUUCCGUGGUAUAUUGAACAGACUGGUUCCUCGUCUGCCCCACCAACAGACUCGGGAGAACGGUUCCCAAAAUUCAAAUCAAGUCAGCUCUGCUGAAGAAGGGCCCUUUUCCACCCCCAAAGUUUUCUCCAUGUAUCCACCGCUAAGUUCCGCACAUAUGGAAGUCCUGGUUGAAGAGACUGUGUACGCUAUCACAGCCAUCGGUGGUCAUGAGAACCCACCUUCACGUCACAUAGUGGGACAAGAAGGUGUUGCAAGCGUCAAAGAAAAGCUCAAAACCGUCAGCGAAGAAAUGGAGGAUUUCAUCCAAGCAAGCUUCGCCGUCGAUUACGCUGCCGACGGUGGCCCCGGUCCUUCCAAGGAAGAUAAUAUGGUCCUGGGGCCAAACCACAAUGAAAAAGUUUGA